UCAUAACACAUCACCACUAGUUCCAAAGCCUUCAAUUUCUCGACUCCACCUUCUCUGCCUUUCAAGUUUCAAGGUCUUCACUUGAGCCACCCAGCCAGUCACCUGCGCAACCCACCCGCGGCAGACUCCACCUGAUCUCAGCCCUUCCCAUUUCUAUUUGAUCUUCGUUUUGUUUUCUGAGGUUGUAAUUAAGCUCCAGCUCUAAUGGGGGAAAUCAUUGCACCAGUGGGACUCAAUCUGUUUUCCCCUUACAAGAUGGCCAACUUCAAUCUCUCUCACAGGGUGGUGCUUGCGCCAAUGACGAGGUGCAGAGCUUUGGAUGAAAUCCCUGGGGCUGCUCUGGCCGAGUACUACAAACAGAGGUCCACCCAAGGCGGAUUCCUCAUCACUGAAGGGACUUCCAUCUCCAACACCUCAGCGGGUUUCCCAAAUGUCCCUGGGAUUUACAAAGAAGAACAGGUGGAGGCGUGGAAGAACGUAGUGGACGGAGUUCAUGAUAAAGGAGGCAUCAUUUUCUGUCAACUUUGGCACGUUGGUCGUGCCUCUCAUCAAGUUUUUCAACCUGUUGGGGGGUCACCAAUAUCUUCAACGGACAAGCCCAUUUCAAACAAGUGGAGAGUUGUGUUGCCAGACGGGUCAUUUGGGACGUAUCCUAAGCCUCAUGCCUUGGAGACCUUUGAAAUACAUGAGGUGGUGGAGGAUUAUCGCCGUGCGGCCAUAAAUGCCAUUCAAGCCGGUUUUGAUGGAAUUGAAAUCCACAGUGCACAUGGAUACCUGCUUGACCAGUUCUUAAAGGAUGGGAUCAAUGAUCGAACUGACAAGUACGGUGGCUCUAUUGAAAACCGUUGCAAAUUGUUAAUGCAAGUGGUUGAAGCAGUAGUCUCGGCCAUUGGUGUUAAUAGAGUAGGUGUUAGAAUUUCACCAGCAAUCGAUCACCUUGACGCCCUGGACUCGGACCCGCUCGGCCUUGGUUUAGCAGUGAUAGAGAGGCUUAACAAGCUCCAACUGGACCAGGGAUCACAGCUCUCUUAUCUCCAUGUGACUCAGCCUCGAUUCACUGCCACUGGUAAGACGGAAUCAGGCAGACCCGGUAGAGAAGAAGAAGAUGCCCGCUUAAUGAGGACACUAAGGAAAACCUACCAGGGAACCUUCAUGUGUAGUGGUGGCUACACUCGGGAGCUGGGAAUGCAAGCCAUAGCCGAUGAUGAGGCAGAUUUGGUGUCUUUUGGUCGUCUUUUUAUCUCAAACCCUGAUUUAGUAUUGAGAUUUCAGCUGAAUGCACCUUUGAAUAAGUACGAUAGGACUACCUUUUACACACAGGAUCCUGUUGUUGGGUACACUGAUUACCCUUUUCUUAAUUAGCUACGAAAAUGAAUCACUACUUUGAAUAUUGGCUGACAUAUUUAUGAAUUAAUUGUCAUCAUAUAAGAGGAAUGAUUAUCUAUUUAUUGUUUGUAGAGGAACUUAUUUGUUAGUGCCUUUCUUGUAAUAUUGUGUUUGUUUGAACUCCAAGGGAGUAUAUGUCGGUCUUAAACAACAUCAUUAUAUGUGUAAUAUGAACUCCCCAGUAUGUUCGAUCUUUAAUUUUGCAGUAAUAUUUGAAAAUUUAAUGAUUGAAAAUU